UUCCAUUAUUUCGUUUCGUUUAGUCAUAGAAAGGCCAUAUGUAGGUCAUUAUAAAGAUAAGGUGGGGACAUAAAUAUUUAUCAUUCAUCUCAUAUCCAAAAUUUUAUUCUGCUGAGUUUGUGAAAAAUGGCUUCGUUCUUUUCGUCUCCGUCUCCGCCAUUUCUAUCACUCCCCAAAACAAGAGCCAACAACUACUAUACAACUUCUCAAUCGCCAUCUCCGCCGCAAUCUAACCCGCCUCCAAAGCCACCAACUCAGCACCUCAGUUCAAACUCAGUAGAGCCGCCGCCGCCUUCUGCCGCCGAGCAAAGGCCUGCGCCCAGAACUGCUGCAGACUCCACUGACUGGAUUGCUUCCACCUUGACGAGGCGGUUCGGCAUCGGCGCCGGUCUAGCAUGGGUUGCUUUCCUCGCUGUUGGAGUCGUUUCUGAACAAAUCAAGACUCGACUGGAAGUUUCUCGAGAAGAAGCAACCACAAGGGAUGUUGAGAAGGAAGAAGAGGUCGUACUGCGAAACGGCAUAAGGUAUUAUGAAUUGAGAGUGGGAGGCGGUUCUUCUCCACGAACGGGCGACUUGGUGGUGAUGAAUGUGAAGGGAAGCGUGCAAGGCAGCGGAGAGGUGUUUGUGGACACAUUUAAGAGUAGGGCUAUAGCUCUUGUGUUGGGGUCAAGGCCUUAUGGUGGAGGAAUAUGUGAAGGUCUGGAAUAUGCAUUGAGAGAUAUGAAAGCAGGUGGGAAAAGGAGAGUGAUUGUUCCACCAAAUCUAGGGUUUGGAGAAGGAGGUGCUGAUUUGGGUGAAGCUCUCCAGAUUCCUCCAUCAGCCACCCUUGAAUAUGUUGUGGAGCUUCAGAAAGUUUCUAUUGCACCAGCCUGAUACACCAUAUGUCAUAUAUACAUAUAUUUACAAAUUGGGUGAGUGUUUCAAG